UUCGUGCAGUUUUCCCGCAACAAACAAGUGUGGCGGACUGUUGGAUAUCUGCUAGACUUUGUAUGAUCAAAAAUGCCGAAACGAUCUUGUCCUUUUGCGCAAACCUUCUCCUCUCAGUACAAAAUACAUAUAGGACAGAAUGAGCUGAACAAUUACGGCGUGUUUGGUGAUAAAUACAGACAAGAAAUCCACGAAAAGACCAAAAACUUGCUGUUUAACGGGGCCAAAGCGGUGAUGGGAAAAAUCUGGACUGGGGAAGAGAGAUGCGUCGACCCGCGGCCCACGGAGACGCCUGUUUACAGCCAGGCGUUGCUGAGAGGACAGACACUGAUUGGACACGAUGGGAGACUGACGAGAGUAAACGCUGCACAAGGUGCAGCAGUGACUCCUGCAGGCUGCUGUGUGUGUCAGAAGAACCAGGGCUCCAGGACAGCAUGUUCUCAGUGUGAACGUCUAACAUGCUCCUCUUGCACACGACAGUGCUCUAGCUGCUUCAACCCCUGCUGCUCAGUCUGCACGACUAUAGACUACAGUGGAAGAUAUGAUGAAGUUAUUUGCUGCAGCUGCUCAACAUAAAGACUGAUGGAGGGAUCGGGAGUUUAUUGGAACAAAUAUGUCUGCCUCACAUGAGAUAAAACUAAGACAGCAUUUUAAUGGUGACUUUUUAUGUAAUCUCAAUCUGUCCUUGUAUAUAUGUACUACUCUCUGAAAGUAACUGAAAUAAACUUGAACACUUUUAUAUAUA